CAGACCCCAACUAAACACCAAUCACAACACAAUGCAAAACCCAUCGGCAUCAACGCAAGAAGACAGAAGGUCCGAGUAACAAAAGGCUAGUAAGCAUCGUCCAUACUAGCCCCGUUACUUCUCCCUUACAACUUACAAGUCAUGAGUUCCACUGCGGAAUGGCGUCACAGCUGCUCGUUCGGGGCAUCUGCAGUCGCCGUCGGUCAGUCAGGUGGGCGGGGCCUGAUCUGCACCACGAUGGUGGAUGGUCUGUUGUUGUCCAAUCGUGGCGGUGUCUACUGUUAUUUCCGUCCCGGGUUGCUUCGGCCAUCUGGUCCUUUCUUUUUCCUGGUUAGUUCGACGAGACCCUUGACUAGGGAUUCAAGCCCGGAAGAUUCUAAUCCAAAGACAGAAAAGAAAAACGGAUCGGAGGCCGGAGCGUAUCUAAGCGCCUCAAUUUCAACCCUGCUUUUUCUACUAGUUAACCCCUGGGGACGGACAAUUCAGGUUCCCUGUUUUAGCAACCGGCCCCGUCAAGCCUAGCCCUUCCCCCGACGCUAUCCCACUUGGUCUUGGUGACUUGACUUGACUUAAGU